AGUUUGAUCCGUUUUAUUGUUGAUCGAUUCUAUCUCUCUUUUCUCCGAUUAUGUCUCUCUCUUGGUCGAUUCUGUCUCUCUCUUUCUUCAAUAAAGGAUCUUCCUGGGCUCGAACCUGAUCCAUUCGAAGGUUCUCAGUGGGAUGGUUUAGGGUUCUUCGUUCACUACUUGUGGGCUUUUGGAAUCGUUUUUGCGUUAAUCUCCAGUGGAAUUGCGGCGGGGACGUAUAACGAAGGUGCGACGGAUAUCAAGGAGACGCCAGUUUAUAAGGAGGCGAUGGAGUCUCGUGACCUUCUUGAUGAGGCAGAGGUAGAGGGUUCAAACUCCGAAGAUGUUUUUGAGUCUAAUCCAACUGAAGUGGCGCCUAGUUUGGAGUAGUUUCGGUUCAGUGUUUUGUAAAAGCCAUAUUUGAAGUUGAUCAUGAGCUUCUUGUGUUCGUAAUUUUACAGAAUCAAAGCGAAAAGCCAUUAUUUUACAGGUUGAUUGUAGCUAAGCCUUGGUUAGCUGAAUCUUAAACUUGUCUGAAGCUUGACAUGAAUUGCUUCUUCUUUUUUUUGCAUCA